CCCUAAGCCAUUUGAUUGCUUAAUUCAGAUAUCAGCCGCGGCUGUCCCAAAGCGGACACAUGGCCAUGCCUGUCACGUCGGGGCCUAUGGCGGUGAUCACGCCCAUGAAGAGGAACAAGCUUUGGUACCGAGCGCGCUGCUCUGAUCAGCGCGUGGAGGUGGACUUCCUCUCGCGUGCCAGCGCCGAGGAGGCGUUGAUGGAGUCUUCGCCGGGCUCAGUCGUGGUCUUUGUGCACACCGAGCCGAGCGAAGCGCCCAAAGGCAGCACAUGCUCCACCUCCUCCUCCUCCUCGCGGAGGCAUUCGCUGUACGUGUCCUUCCGAUACAGAAGGACGGUGAUCCACUACGAGAACAACUGGAUCCAGCUCAAGGAGCUCUACCGAGAGGGCCUUCGGCGUCCAGUCUUCUACGCAGAGCCAAAGCAGUUCGAGAAGAUGCAGGCGCUGGUCUCCAGCUUCGUGCCGCGCCUGCGCAGCUGGCUGGAGGCCAUUGUGAAGGCAGCAAACUUUAUGGACAAGGAUGCCAUGGCAGUCGACCUGCAGGAGCUCUUGCGGGUGCAGAACCACGCCAUUGUGACCAGGCGGUCCUUGCAGCAGGUGGGGGUCAUGCUCUGCAAGCUCCAGGACGCGAAGCGGCUCACCUCGGUGGGCAUCGUCUUUAACUUCGAGGAGCUCAAGGUCCACGAUGACGACAAGAACGCCCUGGAGAAUUUCCAGGACGUGUUUCAACAGUUCAUCGGCCUGCACCCAGGCCUCCAGCUGGAGCCCAUCGAGCAGGGCGACCUGCCGCUGUCGAUGCAUUUGCUGGAGGGGCUGGAUGAAGAUGCACCCCUGGAGCUCAGACGGCAGAAGCUUCUGAGGCUGCAGCGGGCGUUGAAGAGCGAGAAGCAGCCGGGCAGCGCGGAGGUCCUCGAGCUGGGGACCACGCUGUUGCUGCCGCAGCUGCUUCAUAGCAAGGCCCUCUCCGGUGAAGCGUGCAAUGAGGCGGGUUUCGGCCAAAACGCGGGGCACCUGAGCGUGCUGGGCGAGGCCGAGGUCCUCCUUUGUGACAUCCUCAGCGACCUCUGCGACCUGCACCACGAGCACGUGGUGCCUCACUUAUGGCGCCUGCUCCGGGCCUACUUGGAGGAUCCGGCGCACUGGCAUCCCUGCCUGCUGGCGCUGGCCCUGCUCACCACGCUGUCCUCCAAGCUCAGCGAGCAGCUGCUGCACACGGAUGCGGCGCUGUGCCUCUUCGACGUCCUGGCGGAGGUGCAGAAGCAGCUCACGUGUCAGCGGGAGGAGGUCCUUGCCGCCACCGGGCGCAUGCGGGGCUGCCAAAGAAGGAACCGACUCCAGCUGCCGUCGGCCUCGAGCUCCCGCUCGCGGCACCAGGAUUGGACUCCGCCACGGCCGGAGGAGGAGCCUUCUCCAGAGUCCAUGCAGGAGUUGCUGGAGGGGGACCACCCCCUCUCAGUGCCGGAGAUGAGCCGCAGCGAGCCGUCCUCCGGGCGCACCGCAGCGAGUUUGCCGCGGUCCGUGUCCGACACCGAGCCCUGGCACUCCAUGCGAGAUCUCGCCGCGCCGCUGCGGUGGCCCAUGCAGGCCAUGCAAGGCUCGCUGGAGCCGAGAGCCUCGCGGCCCUCGGUGCCGCCGCUGAACCUGGAUGCCGCCAAGUUGGUGGCGUCUCCCGACGCCCCCAGCACCACCCAGCGGCUGAAGACCCAGUCCUCGCGGCUCUCGCGGCGCUUGAAAAUGGAGGCGCAGCGGGUGGUGCCGGGCUGUUUCUUCGGGUCUUGCGCGGCCUCCAGCCCCAGCGGCAAUCCCAACGACGUCUUCGCCGAGACCGGGCGCUUCACGGUGACCCCGUUUGUGGGUCUCAAGCGGCCCCUCCUGGCACAGCCGGCGCGGAGUGCCGCAGCGGGCCGUGCGCCGGCGCAGGCCUGCGACCUGGCGAAGACGCUGGGGGAGUCCGCGCUCCUGGCGGACCUGGGGCCCCUGCUGCGCAUGAAGCAGGAGAAGGCGGUGCAGGAGGCCGUGGCGAAGCGCUCCGUGAGCGGCAGCGCCAGCGGCUCGGAGGCGCAGACCACGGCCUCGGCGAAGCGGGUGGCCUCCCAGGACAGCUUGCUGUCGGCUUACACCGCAACACCUCGGGAGGGUGUGGCGGGGAGCCGGGCACCGCUGCGGAGGAUCCGGCUGCACUGCUGCCUGGUGCUGGAAGGCCUGUGCCGCGCGGUGGCCCCAGGCAGCCCAGCCCUCUUUGAGGUCCCCGUGAGCCACAUCUUCGAGAUGCUGCAAGCGUCUUGCUCUCGAGCAGGUGCCUGCUCCUUUGCCCUGGAUGAAGAGCUGGCGCAGGCCCCGCGCCUGGCGGAGGCCGCGCCGGCCUCGGCGCCUUUGGCGCCGGAGCCGCUGGACGCGCGGCUCGCGGGGCUGGACCGGCUCCGGAGCCUGCGCUUGAGCGCGCAGUGCGUGUGCGGCGCCGACCACGGCCGCCUCAAUGACGCCUGCAGCCCCUGCACCUGCCUGGACGAUGCCACCGCCGCUUGCCUUUGGCAGCUACUGGCAGAGAACUCGCGCCAGGUGGAGAUCAAGCUGAAGGCCGCGCCUGCCACGGCCGAGGACCUCGGCAAAUGGCCAUGGCAGCAAAGGCUGGGACUGGACGGGUUCCUGCUGCUGUUGGCUUCCUGCCUGGGCCACACUCUCUCGCAGCUCAAGGCUGCCCAGCGCACCGGCACGGCCGGGCCGGACGUGACGAUGUCGCUGCAGAACCGCGUCAGCGCCACGCUGCGCUUCGGCGCGCGGUAUUUGCGCGAGCGGCGCUCGGCUCCGAGCCUGGCGCUGGCGCAGCAGGUGCUGUCCACGCCGCUGGUGGCGCUCAAGGCCUACUUGGCGGCCAGCGUGGCAGACCUGGAGCGCCAGGGCGGAGGCAAGCCGCAGGGCGGCGCCGCGCUGCGGCUCUGGGCGGCCUACCUGGAGCUGGCUGGCAUCCUGCUACGGGGCGCCCUGAAGUCAGGCCGGGCGGGCGGGCAGCUGGGGCACCUGCUGGUCGUGCUGCUGCUGGACUUCCCGGUGCUCUGCCAGAAGAGUUCCCUGUCCAGUCGGCCUGCGGAGUCCUUGCACUUCAAGGGCCUGCCCACGAAGCCGGAGGCUUCUUCUCCCUCGCUGCGGGGCUUCUUCUCGCUGUGCUCGGCGCCGCGGAUCGCGCCCAAGCCCUCCCCGCCACCCGCCAAGGCCUGCGGGUCGUGUGCCCGGUGA